UGAAGGUGAAUGUCCUCUCGUGUCAGUCAGCAUUUGCUGUCAAUGGCCUUCAUGAUUUAUUUUAUUUGAAUGUCUGGGCUUUUUACACUUUCGUCCAAAGAAACCAAUAAUGGAUAUUCAAUGGAUUUUAUGGAUAAUACCCACUGUAAUAGCUGUAGAAGAAACACUAAUGGACUCUACCACAGCGACAGCUGAGCUGGGCUGGACAGUCUAUCCCGUGUCAGGUUCCAGUGACAACAGCUGGGAGGAGGUGAGUGGAUACGACGAGAACAUGAACACCAUCCGCACCUACCAGGUGUGCAACGUGUUCGACAACAACCAGAACAACUGGGUCCGCACCAAGUACAUCCGGCGCCGGGGUGCACAGCGGAUCCACGUGGAGAUGAAGUUCUCCGUGCGAGACUGCAGCUCCAUCCCCAACGUGCCCGGCUCCUGUAAAGAGACUUUUAACCUGUACUACUAUGAGUCAGACUCGGACACGGCCAACAAGGUGUCCCCGGCCUGGAUGGAGAACCCCUGGAUCAAGGUGGACACCAUCGCAGCCGACGAGAGCUUCUCCCAGGUGGACCUGGGUGGCCGGGUGAUGAAGAUCAACACAGAGGUGCGGAGCUUUGGCCCCGUGUCCAAACACGGAUUCUACCUGGCCUUCCAGGACUACGGCGGCUGCAUGUCACUCAUCGCCGUGCGAGUCUUCUACCGGAAGUGUGCCCGCGUCAUCCAGAACGGGGCCGUGUUCCAGGAAACCCUGUCAGGGGCGGAGAGCACCUCUCUUGUGGCAUCGCGUGGCGUGUGUAUCCCCAACGGGGAGGAGGUGGACGUGCCCAUCAAGCUCUACUGCAACGGGGAUGGCGAGUGGAUGGUGCCUAUUGGGCGCUGCAUGUGCAAGGCUGGCCACGAGGCUGUGGAGAACGGGACUGUGUGUAGAGCUUGUCCAUCGGCAUUCUUCAAGCCUAUACAGGGUGAUGCAUCCUGCAUGCAGUGUCCAAUCAACAGCCGUACCACCAACGAAGGAGCCACUAACUGUGUGUGCCGCAACGGUUACUAUCGCACCGACUCAGAUCCCAUCCAGAUGCCCUGCACAACGGUGCCGUCUGCUCCUCAGAAUGUUCUGUCCAUCGUGAAUGAGACGUCUCUGAUGCUGGAGUGGCAGCAUCCUAGGGAGUCAGGUGGUCGUGAAGACGUGGUCUUCAACAUCAUCUGUAAGAGCUGUGGAGGGGGCCGCGGAGGCUGCACGCGCUGUGGCGACAACGUCCAGUUUGUACCCCGCCAGCUGGGUCUGACUGAGCCCCGGGUCUACAUCAGUGACCUGCUGGCCCACACACAGUACACCUUCGAGGUGCAGGCCGUCAACGGUGUCUCUGACCAGAGCCCCUACUCACCACAGUACUCCUCCGUCAACAUCACAACCAACCAGGCUGCUCCGUCGACAGUGUCCAUCAUGCACCAGGUCAGUCGUACCGUGGACAGCAUCACUCUGUCCUGGUCUCAACCAGACCAGCCCAAUGGAGUCAUUCUGGACUAUGAACUGCAGUACUACGAGAAGGACCAGACCGAGUACAACUCAACCAUCAUAAAGAGCCAGACCAACACAGUGGUCAUCCGCGGUCUCAAAUCAGGGGCAAUCUAUGUGUUCCUGGUUCGCGCCCGAACCGUGGCCGGAUUUGGACGCUACAGUGGCAAGCUCUACUUCCAAACCAUGACUGAAGAGGAGUACAACACCAGCAUUCAGGAGAAGCUGCCUCUCAUCAUCGGCUCUGCAGCUGCAGGUCUGGUCUUCCUCAUCGCAGUGGUUGUUAUCGUCAUCGUCUGCAACCGGCGUGGCUUUGAGAGGGCAGACUCAGAAUACACAGACAAGCUGCAGCACUACACCAGCGGCCACAUGACUCCAGGAAUGAAGAUAUAUAUUGAUCCGUUUACAUAUGAGGACCCCAACGAGGCGGUGAGGGAGUUUGCUAAGGAGAUUGACACUUCCUGUGUGAAGAUUGAGCAAGUCAUUGGUGCAGGAGAGUUCGGGGAGGUAUGCAGUGGGAACCUGAGGCUCCCAGGCAAGAGGGAGAUGUUUGUGGCCAUCAAGACGCUGAAGUCGGGCUACACAGAGAAGCAGAGGCGGGACUUCCUGUCUGAGGCGUCCAUCAUGGGUCAGUUUGACCACCCCAACGUGAUCCACCUGGAGGGUGUGGUCACCAAGAGCGCCCCUGUCAUGAUCAUCACUGAGUUCAUGGAGAACGGAUCCCUGGACUCUUUCCUCAGACAAAACGACGGUCAGUUCACAGUGAUCCAGUUGGUGGGCAUGCUGCGUGGCAUCGCCUCUGGCAUGAAGUACCUGGCCGACAUGAACUACGUCCACCGCGACCUGGCCGCACGCAACAUCCUGGUCAACAGCAACCUGGUCUGCAAGGUGUCCGACUUCGGCCUGUCCCGAUUCCUGGAGGACGACACGUCAGAUCCCACCUACACCAGCGCCCUGGGAGGGAAGAUCCCUAUCCGAUGGACAGCCCCUGAAGCCAUCCAGUACAGGAAGUUCACGUCCGCCAGUGAUGUCUGGAGCUACGGCAUCGUCAUGUGGGAAGUCAUGUCCUAUGGAGAGAGACCUUACUGGGACAUGACCAAUCAAGACGUGAUCAAUGCCAUAGAGCAGGACUACCGGCUGCCCCCCCCCAUGGACUGCCCCUCGGCCCUGCACCAGCUCAUGCUUGACUGCUGGCAGAAGGACCGUAACAACCGGCCCAAGUUCAGCCAAAUUGUCAACAACCUGGACAAGAUGAUCCGCAACCCCAACAGUCUGAAGGCCAUGACCCCGCUGUCUUCAGGUGUCCAUCUUCCUCUCCUGGACCGCAGUGUUCCAGACUUCUCCAGCUUCAGUACUGUGGACGAGUGGCUAGAUGCCAUCAAGAUGGGCCAGUACAAAGACAACUUUGCCAAUGCUGACUUCGCCAGCUUUGAUGUGGUUUCCCAGAUGACCAUGGAUGACAUCCUGAGCGUGGGCGUGACGUUAGCAGGCCACCAGAAGAAGAUCCUGAACAGUGUGCAGAUGAUGCGUGCCUCCAUUAACCAGAUCCAGUCUGUGGAAGUUUGACCAUCCAGAAUGGAGCAGAGGAGAGCAGAUGAGAGGAGAGCAGAUGAGAGGAGAGCAGAGGAGAGGAGAGCAGAGGAGAGGAGAGCAGAGGAGAGGAGAGCAGAGGAGAGGAGAGCAGAGGAGAGGAGAGCAGAGGAGAGGAGCAGAGAAGAGGGGAUUGGGAUGCAGGGCUCUUGGUUCACGGAUGGAGUGGAGGUGUUUUUGCUUGACUGUGAAACAUGUCUUCCUACAAACUACCGUCCUUCCACGGUCCCCUUUCUCAAUCCCUCUCCUGUCCUCCUCUAUCCCCUCAUCCAAAGUCCCCAUAACCUUUCAGGAUCAGCUCUGAAGGUUUGUGGCCAGCAGGUCUACAUGACCAGACAUCAAUCAAUGUGGCCAACAAGGUUCCUUCUUGGAACCAGGAUCAUGAGAGGUUACUGACCAGCGACACAUUUCUACUUCCAUCUUCCACCUUGUUUUUUUUUUACGGUGAACUUUUUUCUUACAUUUUUUGGUUUGUUUGAUUUAAGAAUUUUGUAAAUAAUUUUGUAAAGAAAAAAAAGUUGAGAAAACUCAAGGAGUCUAUAAGUAUAGAUGUAAACUAGGUGAACUGACUAGAAGGACUACCCUUUAAAAGGGCAACAGAGAAGAAGACAAUGAAAAAUGGGAGAUUUCAAGACCAUCACUUUCAAAAAGAAAAUCAAAUAUUAUGUUUUUUUUUUAACUUCAGAAACAGGAAACAAACAUAAAUCUUUGCUGCCUUCCCAAAAGCAAACAGCAGAAUAGACUGAGGAACUUUAUCUACACUCCAUGGUUGACUUGGACAUCUUUUUGCAGAAACUACUACCAUGAAUCGCUCUGGAUAAGAGCGUCUGCUAAAUGACUUAAAUGUAAAUGUAAUGAACAACCAACUUAUAGCAACACUUAAAAAAUUAAAACAAAAUACCUUUUCUCAUAACAAGUCAUUUCAUUUUUCUGUGUGAAAAUGUUGAAGAUUUUCUUUCACCAUGCUUCCUCUCACCGUGGGAAAGUUUAUAUUUUUUCAAUGAAAACAUCACAACCUGCCAAGUGGAACAUCCUCCCUGUGUACCUCAGAUGAUGUCAUGAUCCUGUACAUAUCAGAUGCACUUGACAAUGGGACUGUGAUGUCAUCACUAUGAGCCGGACAUAGUUACUAAGACCUGGAAGUGAUGGAUUUAAAUUGUUUCUUUGGGUGACUAGAGGGAGGUUUUUCUUUGUUAUUAUUCAUUUCAUUUUCAUUUUUGCAAAAUGUUAGUUGUGGAUUUUGAAGAAUCAGUGUAAUAAACAGCAAACAUACAGUACUUCCUCCAUGGAUGUAUGGAAAAAAAUGACAUAUUAUGGGUGUUUUCCCUAUAAUGUUUACAUAGGAGGGCACAUAUGUUUUGGUUGUCACAUUAUCUGCACUCUUGGAAAAACAGGUACUAUCUAGAACUUAAAAUGGUUCUUCAGUUGUCCCCAUAGGAGAACCCUUUGAAGAACCCUUUUUGGUUCCAUGUAAAAACCCUUUCCACAGAGGUUUCUACAUGGAACCAAAAGAGUUCCACCUGGAACCAAAAAGGCUUCUCCUAUGGGGACAGCCGAAGGACCAUUUUGGAACCCUUUUUUUCUAAGAGUGUAGAGUUUACCCCCGUGUUUUAAACUUCACUGUGUGUGUGUGUGUGUGUGCGUGCGUGCGUGCGUGCGUGCGUGCGUGCGUGCGUGGCUAAAUGUGCUCUGUGUUACAAAGCAACAGCUCCCAAAGCUGAAGGGCUAGUGUUUGAUAGCAUGCUGAGUUAAUGAUUGAUUUCACAGAGCUUUGAUAUGUUACACUUUACAGAACACUGUCCUGUAAGCGCUUGGAUUUGAUACACUUUACAAAAUAUAAUGUGCUUACAUUAUAUUUAGCUUUUUUUCCAGAUUCUUUUUUUAUUUAAAGUAACAUUAUACUGAAGUGUUAGGGUUUUAACACCACAUAUGGUUAUCUCACAUUGGUAUGGUCACGGACAAAUCUUUUCACAACUGGGCAGUAAGUAAAAUUAGCAUGGGAUAGUGGAUUAUUUUACGCAUAUUAUUAUAAUUAUUGUACAUCAUGGAUGAUGGGGAGCACUUGUGACAGCUUUUCCAAGUAGUCUAUUGGCAGGGUGUGUGAACACAGAUCGUACGAUACAAUGGGCCUCCAUGCCCUUGUGGAAUUUUAGGAAAUCAUUGUUGGUGCACAAACAUUUCUGAUAAGUGGAGUCCUUGAGACUUCUAUUUUCAUUUUAUACAUACAUAAUGCAUUUACUGUAUGGCUUAUGUGAAUAGCUGUCUGAUGAACGGAAAGCUAUCUAUCAUUAUCAAUGUCAUUGAGGCCGAUGUGUUGUUUGAGGGGUUAGGGAGCCUGG